AAAAAUGUCAUGUUGAUUUAUCGGUUUGUUUGUACGUUAAAAACUUAUUGUAGUGCGUUUGUACGAAAGUGCUUUUAAAACUGUUGAUUUCAUUGUAUUAAUUUUAAUCAGAAUUUUUAAAAUUAAGUUCAAAAUUAAUUUAGGACCGCCGAAAUGAAUACAUCCACUUUUAACCCGAGAAUGGAUGCCGCUCAAAAUCCGGCGCAAAAAAUGGAAUUGGCGUCCAGGAACGUGGAAAAUUCGUUGCUAAUCGACAACAAUGCUCCGAGAUUGAUCGAUUUUAUGAAUAUUAAUCCGCAAAGCGGCUCCACCGCCAGCGGCUUCGCAGACCAUGAUUAUCCAACUUUAAGUGGAUUAUCGCACAUUAUCAACAGUAUGACCCAAAUCAAGUGCGUUAGCAACGUUCCUAUACCUUCGGAAAUUGUCGACCACUUCGCCCGUGUGCAAUGCCACUGCAUGAUGGGUUUAUUUUCCGAAAUAAACAGAGCUUGGUUAACUGUCGAUAGUGAUAUUUACGUUUGGACUUACGAGGAAAAUACCGACUUGGCUUAUUUCGAUGGGAUAAGUGAAACAAUCGUUUGCGUGGGCCUAGUGAAACCUAAAGCAGGAGUUUUUCACGCUUUUAUAAAAUACCUCCUGAUUUUAGCGACAUCCGUUGAUAUUGUUGUAUUAGGGGUUACUUUCACUGAACGACCCGGAGACAACGCUGAUGAAAUUCAACUCAUACCUGAUCCUGUAUUCAUUUUACCUACCGAUGGUUCCACCGUCACGAUAAUCAACAGUACCGAUGAUGGUAGGAUUUUUUACGGCACAAAAGAAGGGAAUUUAUUCGAAAUUGCAUAUCAAGCUGAAAGUGGUUGGUUCGGCAAGAGAUGCAAAAAAAUUAAUUUAUCCACCAGCACUUUGUCAUUUCUGGUUCCCUCGUUUAUUAAUGCAGCGUUGAGCGAAGAGGAUGGAAUAACGCAAAUUUCAAUUGACGAUAGCAGACAUAUUCUCUAUAUUCUCACGGAAAAAGGUUCCAUAGAAGUUUGCGAUCUAGGAGAGAAAGGGAAUUCCUUUUCCAGGAUUAGUAAAAUGUCUCAAAGCACGUUGGUUAACCAAGCGAUGAAUACUGUUAAAACCCUCGACAGUAAAAAUUUUCGACCGAUCGUGAGCAUAUCCGCCAUCGAAACAUCAGAAUCGGUUAAUUUGAAUUUGGUAGCCGUGUCUCAAACGGGAGUACGAUUUUAUAUGACUGUUACGAGUUUAUCAAACCAAAAUCCUAAUCAAAGACCGUAUACGCUAACCCUAGCUCACGUAAGACUUCCACCCGGUUAUUCAGCUAACAUUACCGUAAGACCCAGGGCGGUACAUGUGUCACAGUAUAGGGACAGAAACUUGGUUUUAAUAUCUACUGUUAACGAAAAAGAUGUGUUAUGGUGCAUGAGCUCAGACUUAUUUCCUUUCGGGCAAGGACUGACAGAAGCUUACACGGCUAUUAAUUUAGAUGGACCCGCUCUAGCUAUUUCUGAGGCGAGGAGCGCUAGUCCUCUUCAAAUAAAGGAUGUACAUGAAGCGCCCCCUUUAGUCGUACGGCAACACGCUGAACCACCCAAAAAGUACAUUGUGCUCACAUCGCAUAGCAUUCAGAUCUUCAUUAAGUUAAGACCAGUGGAUGUAUUGAAGCAAAUUUUGAAAGACAGCCACGGGCAAGACACCGAAGCUUUGAAAGCCUUCUUUACUAUUCAAAAGGAGGAUCAAGCGUGCGCUACCGCUUUGAUAUUGGCUUCAUUGGAGAACGAAGAUAACAUGGAAAUAGCCGAGUUUGCGACCAGAGCUUUCUUCUUGUUCGGAGGCGAACCGAAAUUAGCUGCUCCUAUGAAUACUUUUUCGGGACCGUCAGUGUUUUGCCCACCCGUCAUGUCUACUCCGAAUAUACACCAAUAUCAACAGCAGCAGCAAUAUCAAACUUCACCGCAAUACCAGCCCAACUUUCCGCAUGGCAUCUCGCCCGCUGCGAAUGCAUACGAAUUGACCAGCCCCUUCGUUUUUUCACCUAAGCACAACGGGCUCUAUUUGUAUUUAAGCAGAAUAUUGCGACCUAUUUGGCAUCGAAGGACAGUGGAUAAGCUUUGCUUAGAUGGAAAAAUUGUCACAAAUCACAGUACGGUGACCAGCGAAGACUGCAUAUUUAUCUUGAACUACGUGACGUCCUUGCAUAAUUUCCUGAUGCGUAAUACUCAGCUUUCGUCGUUGAGCGCCGCUCCCGGUCACAAUACUCAAAACUUCAAUAAUACCACGAUGAACGUGACUAGAUUGAACCAUACCAUUCAAGACGUCCAGUUGGAGGAAAGGGCGUCUCUGGAUGCUUUGAAAACGUUCGUUUGCCACUGUUGUCAAAUAUUAGGUUUAUGGAGAAUUCUUUGUGAACAUCAAUUCCACACGUUAAUAGCAUCUCUACCUGAAACUGAGCAGCAGAUAUUGCAAAAUACGACCUUCAAGGAUCUACUUUUAUACAGACACGAUAUCUGUACGUUGUUAAUAGCUACAUUAGUGGAUAGUUAUUUAGGCGAUAACGCCUCGGUGGAUUCGAUUAGCAGCAAAUUGAGAGAAGUCUGCCCGCUGUUUUAUAAAACCGAAGAUGCUGCAUUUUCAAAAGCCGUGGAAAUAUUAAAGAUGACGCGGGCGAUUCAAAACAACGACGAAAAGGAGGAAAUGAUCCAAUCGGCCCUGCAGAUUUGCAAAUCAAUCGGGCCCACUAUCAAUAUCACCGAUAUAUGCAAGGAAUUCGCUAAUCUCAAAGCGUACAAAGCUGUUACGGAAUUGUGCGCGCAUUUCGGUAAGAAAAUAGAUCCCGAUAAAAUAGCGGAGAGUUACUACAACGCCGAAGAUAACAGCGGUGACCAAGAGGGGUACAAUUAUUAUCAAAGACGGUUGGAAAUUUAUCGUCACAUAUUAAACAUGUUGGAUCAAUUAUACAACGAACAAAAUCAAACGCAAGUCAUUAGUAGAGAUUCCGCGUACUCGGUUAAUCAGACCAUAUUGCUCGAUGGUGUCGAACAAUCCCAAGUAGGAUACGUGAUGAAGCAAGUAAUAAAAGACGUCAUGGAAACGCCCGACGAAAUCAUGCAUUUCGCACUUUACGAUUGGCUGGUGUUCAAAAAUAUGACUGGAGAUUUGAUAAACAUCCAAAAUCCCUCGCUGGAAACGUAUUUGAAGCGAACGUCCACCCAGAAUCCCAACAACAUCGAGACCAUGAAUUUGUUGUGGAAAUACUACGAAAGUUGCAACAAUCACGCGGCUGCUGCGAAAAUAUUGAACAACCUCGCCUCGAGAACUGGUACAAACGUUCCGUUGAAAGAGAGACUGUCUUACCUAGCGAGGGCUAUCAUGUGCAUGCGAAGCGAUAAAAUCGGUUACGCGCCCUAUCUGGGUGUAUUUUUGAGAGAUCUUGAAGAUAAAAUGGAGGUAGCGAAGGUGCAGGAACAAAUUUUGGAUGCUAUCGUAAAUUUGCAAGGACAAAUACCUAACGCUCAGGAAGCAAUAAGUGCACUUAAUUCCGGAUUGUACGAAAUUUCUCAGUUGUAUGAAAAUUUCGCUGAGCCUUUCAAACUAUUAGAAUGCCAAUUGGCAAUCAUAGAAUGCGCCGGAUACACCGAUCAAGUAUUGAUCGAGUCCAUUUGGCAGCAAAUUUUGACUGAAGAACUGAGGAAGACCUACGGAACAGGGACAGAUAAAGUCUGUCAGCUUUUGAACAAAGUGAAGCAGCUCUCGAAGCAAUACGCUCAAUCUGCAAACUGUUUUCCCUUGAGUUACAUUGUUUAUGAAUUGGAAAUCGUGAAUGCAAAACUUCGAGGAGACAAACAACUCGUUCCUUGUGCCUUGGAAAGUAUGAAUAUUCCUUUCGAAAAUUUAAUCAACGUUUACAAUAGUUUAAAUACGAUUUCCAUAAACGAUCACUUUUGGCAAUUAGAGGAGAACGAAUUUCAUCUUUCUGAAGCUACUGCUGCGUUAAUAAAUUGCUUCCUGGGCCAUCUUGAACAGUACAGCAGUGUUGAGAAACGAAAAAUAACUUCGCUCUGUCAAGACGCAGUGGUUGCUUUACUAUCCAACUUGUAUAGCAAGCCCAACACCGAGGUAUUGGUUAAUAAGUUGAGAAAUAUACAAGCCAAGUUGUCGAGAAUUUAGAAAAUUUACUGCCACUUUGUAAUUUUAUAAUU